UUCAGUGCCUGUCAGUGCUGCUGUGUGUUUAUGGUUUACACCUACAUGGAGGAGGUCCACAUACAGUAGGAACCACAGUCGGUGGAGCAAUUCUUAUUUUUUACAUCAUGUAUCAGACCGAUUCUACUGUGUUCCUAUAACGAACUCUAAAGCAAAUACAUUUGCAUUUUUUAAGUGAUUACUAGUCAUAGGAUAGGGGGGUGUGAGGAAAUUUGCAGACAGCCAUGGCAACUGCAACGGUGGUGGAGGCUGACCCGUCUACGACCGAAGGCUGUGCCGCGAUGUCUGAUGCCCAAAACAUUGGAUGGAACGAGUCUCAGCUCCGAAAGUAUUCUUUUCAAACAAAGCCCAUACCGAGGCUCUCUCACACGGAUCCCCGAGCCGAAAUGCUUAUAAAUAACGAGGAACCCGUGGUUCUAACGGACACAAACCUCGUCUAUCCAGCACUGAAAUGGGACAUUCAGUACCUGCAAGAGAACAUUGGGAAUGGGGAUUUCUCUGUUUACACGGCAGAAAACCACAAAUUCCUCUACUAUGACGAGAAAAAGAUGGCCAACGUUGAGAAUUUCAUGCCGAAAUCGAGACGAAUGGAAAUGAAGUUCCCCGAGUUUGUGGAUAAAAUGCAUGAAACGGAGGAAGCGGAUGGGGAAGAGAGGGUCUAUCUGCAGCAGACCCUGAACGACACGGUGGGCCGGAAGAUCGUGGUGGACUUCCUGGGGUUCAACUGGAACUGGAUUAACAAGCAGCAGGCCAAGAGGAACUGGGGACAGCUGACGUCCAACCUGCUGCUCAUAGGCAUGGAGGGCAACGUGACGCCGGCACAUUAUGACGAGCAGCAGAACUUCUUUGCGCAGAUCAAAGGCCACAAAAGAUGUAUCCUCUUCCACCCCGACCAGUUCGAGUGUCUGUAUCCGUACCCAGUCCACCACCCCUGUGACCGGCAGAGCCAGGUGGAUUUUGAUAACCCAGACUACGAGAGGUUUCCUAAUUUCAGGAACUUGGUGGGCUAUGAGACGGUGGUGGGGCCGGGGGAUGUGCUGUACAUCCCCAUGUAUUGGUGGCAUCAUAUCGAGUCCUUGCUGGAUGGGGGAGAGACCAUAACUGUCAACUUCUGGUACAAGGGAGCGCUGACGCCCAAAAGGAUAGAGUACCCGCUGCGAGCUCACCAGAAAGUAGCCAUCAUGAGGAACAUCGAGAAGAUGCUUGGAGAGGCCCUGGGAGACCCACGAGAAGUUGGACCCUUACUGAACCUGAUGAGGAGGGGACGUUACGACCAGGGCUCAAGUUAGGACGACGCAUCACAGAAACGCUUUUCAGACUGCUGCUGAAAAUGUUUGGGGUGAAAGAGAACAAUUGUGUGUGUGUGUGUAUGUGUGCGCACACGCGCACGUGUGUGUUUGAGAAAGAAGGGUUUUUUUGCACCUCUGGUGCAUUCUUAACAUUGAAGCUACCACUGCAUGGCAAUAGGAUGCCUCCCUCACACCACGUUGAAACCACUGGACUUGGUCUGCCUGCCGUAGGACAACAGGACACACCCUUUGGACAUUCGGGUCUGUUUUCAGAACACCAAGGCUCUGACUCAGCACGUUUUCAGUACAGGCCAGGCCUUUUGUGUGAGUCAGUAUUUGCUUUGAGAAAAGACCCACUCCUGACUGAAGCAUGCCAAAUUGGACUGAAUGAAUAUCCUGUUUACCUCACCACUAACGCUUCAAGGUGAAGGUCGGAUGUUAGGUGGUCUGAUUGAUAGUAGUGUUGAUUGAAGUGUUUUGUUUUGAGGCACCUUUUUAUUUGAACGCGUUUGACCACGAUUGGUUUGUAGCUGAUUUGGAGUUCAUUAGGUGAGAUGGACAUUUUUGAGGUUUGUUCCACACGUCUUUAAUCGCAAUGUAUUCCUUAAGCUGAGGGUGUUUGAACUGCACUUCUAAUAUGUACAUUCGCAAGGUGUGUGUGUUUGUGUGUGUGUAUGUAAAAGUGGCAGUCCUUUUCAUGAUUUUGUGAAUACUAAUUUAUUUGACAAUGACUGCUUGAAAGACACCUUCUCUGUAUGUAGGGCUUCCAAUUAGCUUUUUAUUUUGUUAAGAAUUAUUUUUGGGAGUGCUAGGCCAAGGAAAAAAACUUGACUAUUGAUUUUCAGUGGUUGGCUUGUUUAUGCCUUUUGGUUUAUAUUUCUAAGAGGCGUUCAUUGACUCAUUGUGUUAACUUUCAUUUUAGUUUGCUUUAGGUACACAGAAUUGAAUCUAUUGAAUUGCAAAUUCAGCCCCAUUCUUCAAAAUUUAAAUAGAGCUAAUAUUGAGCUGACAACCUAUUUGGAAUGGUGGGUGUGAGUCCUCGGUGAAGCCAUCGCCGAUAUGUUCCCCAUAGCCUCUCGCUUCUUUUGACAUAGUGAUCCAGUUUUCUUAUCUCUAAAGGGUUCUGGCGGAGUCUGAGAACAUUGAUUGGUCUGCAUAUCAAUGAUGUUCAGCUCUAGUCACAAAGUAAUUACUGGAGAUAUUUUGUUUAGUAGAUGUCCAACAUAGACUAAACAGGUACAGAAGUAAGUUGCAUAUAUAUAUAUAAUGUAUAUGAAGCAUGACUACCAACAAAGCUAAAAAGUUGUUUCAAACUAUUGACUGCUUCGUUCUUCGUGGUUUAGAAUGCGGUAGCAUUGAUUCCCAGAAUGCCAUAUUUGUCAAUACAUAGGCUCGCAACAUUUGAGAAUACAAAUUAAUCAAAAAUCUCAAAAAAACCCUUAUUCACAGUUUUGAUAGUAACCAUGAGUGUCCUUAAGCGUCCUAGAUAUAUUUAGAGCUCUCUAAAAUAAAAGGACUGAAACGUGUAUGGUAGGAGAUAAUUUACAUAUGUGCCAAACUGAUUGUACUGACUAUUUAGAAAGCUGUUCCUCUGUUACCCUGGUUGCACUUCGUUUUCAAGGCAGGUUUACUAGACCAAUAUUUAACUUACUGAGUCUACUUUACAAAAUAAAUCAAGUUGUCAAAUGAAGAAAAAAGGAAAUAAGCUUUAUCGUUAUCAAAGUGAGGAAAGUACCUCAAUAUACUCUUGUGGCUGGACGGAACUACUGUUUUGGAAUAUUGUGUUUACCUUGUUCCUCAAUAAACUUCCUCAAUACCAAGCACCAAA